UCGGGAAACAUAAAUAUUUCUGUUUCAAAACUAAAAUUUACUAAAAUGUUGCUAAAUAAAUUGAACUGUGUUCAAACGAAUAUAAUCUUCAACCUAUGUCAGAAGAAAAUAUGUUCGUCGUUUGUCCGAAUGCAAUCUGUGAAGACUCAAGAAAUGCCCAGUAAAUUAGAUAAUCCUGAAGUCCAGAUAGAUUCUGCUAAUGAGACGGUUACGGAUAUAUAUCCAGCUCCACGAGUUGUUCCUAUGGUUGUAUCGAGGACGAAUACUGAAGUUUUAUCCUUCGAUCACGUACCUGGCCCCAAAGCCUUGAAAUACUUUUCCAACUUUCGUCAAUAUUCUUUCCAGAUUGGAACGCAGUUGACUGCUGGGCUCCUGACUUUAGCAUUUAACAUAAGUAACUAUAUAAACUUGAAAAACCCUUUCACAAACAUGUCCGCGCUUUUCGACGAGUACGGGCCGGUGGUGCGUUUCGUAAGCCCUGUUGGGGCCGACAUAGUGUUUGUGAACCACCCUGAUCACAUACAGAAGGUUUUCGCAAUGGAGGGGGAAUACCCUGUGAGGUCGGCGCUUGACUCUCUGGACAAGUAUCGUUCCGAAAAACACAGCAUUUUAGGACUGUAUUCUAUGAGAGGUGAAGAUUGGGCCCAAAGAAGGUCCCUAGUAUGUGCGCCGCUGCACACAACUGUGUCCCAAAACAUGCAAAGUCUGAAGGAAGUGUGCGACUUACUCUCAAGGAAGAUUUACACGCAUAGGAACCAUCAGGACGAACUGAAGACGGAUCUGUAUAAGGAGCUGCAUAAGUGGGCGUAUGAUUGUAUGGGUUUGAUAUUAUUUGCCCAAAAGUUCAACAUGUUAGAGACGGAAAUAAUAUACAACCAGAACGACGUAUCGUGGCUGUACAACAGUUUGGAAAAGGCCACCGACGCCAUAGUGAAGUGCGAGUCCGGAUUCCAUAUGUGGAAACUGUUUGGUACCCCUGCCUGGUAUUCUUUGAGGAAGCAUUGUGAUAUUAUAGAUGGUUUGAUUGGUAAGCAUGUGUUGCAAGCAAGAGAAGCGUGCAGCACCGACGACUCUUUCAAAAAAGUCCGCCAUAUUUUAGGUAUGGAGUCUGUGGCCACGGCGAUGAUUGUGGACCAGCCUGUGAACGUGGAGGAUGUCACCACUGUCUUGAUGGAUAUGUUGCUGAUUGGCGUUAAUACGAUUUCGUCAUCAUCGUCGUUUCUGCUAUACUACCUGGCGAAACACCAACGAGCACAAAACAUCCUCGCGCAAGAAGUCGAUGCCCUACUGACCAGCUCUAUGACAAGCGUUCAGACGCUCAAAGACAACACGCCAUACCUCCAAGCGUGUAUUAAGGAGACAUUGAGAUUGGUGCCUCCCAUGCCAAUAAUUUCCAGGAUAUUGCCAAAGAACAUAAUAUUGGACAAAUACAACAUUCCUAAAGGAACUCUAAUAAUCAUGGCGAGCCAAGACACCUGCCGAAAAGAGAGCAACUUCGAUGACGCCGAUAGGUUUUACCCGGAGAGGUGGCUCAAGGAAGAGUCUCGCGAUUACCAUGCUUUUGCCUCUAUCCCCUUUGGGUAUGGAGCCAGAAAAUGCCUGGGUCAGAGUAUGGCUGAAGCUAUGAUGUCUUUGCUUACAGUCCAGAUUUUGAAAAAGUACAAACUCGAAUAUCACUAUGGAGAUAUCAAGCCGAAGAAACAAUUCAUUUCCAAACCCAACAAACCACUGAAGAUUAGGUUUGUAGAUAGAAAUAAUUAGUAACAUGCGUAAGUCUAUUUUGUAUUGGAAUUUACAUGUUUAGGUUACUUGUUUUACCAUUGAUAUUGACUUUAGUUUUGCUGCUCAAAAAUGUAAUAUCCAUAUUGGUCUAAAGAGAAAAGUUUUGAUUGUGGAAUCAUUCUCUGUUUGUUAAAAAGUAGUGAAAUAACGAAAUAGCUUAAAUUUUAAAUGUAGGUCCAUGAUUAACAAUGGAAGCUUUAAGCAUAACCU